AUGAGUGGACAGGCCAAGCCCACCGAGAACAUGCUCUGGGGAGGUCGCUUUACCGGCGGCCUCGACCCCCUCAUGGUCCAGUACAACGAGUCCAUCCACUUCGACCGUGCCCUCUUCGCCCAGGACAUCACCGGCAGUAUUGCCUUUGCGCGCGCCAACGCCAAGGCUGGCAUUAUCACCCAGGACGAGUUCAGCAAGCUGGAGCAGGGUCUCCUGGCUGUCAAGAAGGAGUGGGAGGACGGUACCUUCAAGAUCGUCCCCAGUGUCGACGAGGAUAUCCACACUGCCAAUGAGCGUCGUCUCGGCGAGAUCAUCGGAAAGGAUGUUGCUGGCAAGCUUCACACCGGUCGCUCCCGUAACGAGCAGGUCGCUACCGACAUGCGCAUGUGGCUCCGCGACGAGCUUGGCAAGAUCGAGAAGCACCUCCAGGACUUCCUGAACGUCACUGCUGCCCGCGCCGAGCAGGAGAUCGAUGUCAUCAUGCCCGGAUACACCCACUUGCAGCGCGCUCAGCCUGUCCGUUGGAGCCACUGGAUGCUCUCGUACGGUUUCGCUUUCGCUAGCGAUCUCGAGCGCCUGCGCGAGGUUAUCAAGCGCGUCAACCGCAGCGCUCUUGGUUGCGGUGCGCUCGCCGGUAACCCUUUUGGCAUUGAUCGUGAGAUGAUGUCCAAGGAGCUUGGCUUCGACGGCCUCCUCUGGAACUCCAUGGGCGCUGUCGCCGAUCGCGACUUUGUUGCCGAGACCCUCCAGUGGGGCGCCAUGUUGAUGCAGCACAUCUCUCGCUGGUCCGAGGAUCUCAUCAUCUACUCUACUAGCGAGUUCGGUUUCGUCAGGUUGGCGGAUGCCUACUCUACCGGCAGCUCGCUGAUGCCCCAGAAGAAGAACCCCGACAGUCUCGAGCUGCUUAGGGGCAAGGCCGGAAGAGCUUUCGGUCACAUGGCUGGCUUCAUGAUGACCCAGAAGGGCAUUCCCAGCACUUACAACAAGGAUCUCCAGGAGAGCUGGGAGCCCAUGCUCGACCACGUCAAGACUGUUUCCGACAGCAUCCAGAUUGCCAACGGUGUCUUGGCUACCCUCAGCAUCCAGCCCGAGAAGAUGAAGGAGUCCCUUGACCCCUUCAUGCUCGCCACUGACCUUGCUGACUACCUGGUCCGCAAGGGUGUUCCUUUCCGCGAGACUCACCACAUCUCUGGCCGCUGCGUUGCCCUCUCGGAACAGACCGGUAUUCCCAUGGACAAGCUCUCAUAUGAGCAGCUUAAGGGUAUCGAUGCCCGCUUCGAGGAGGAUAUUUCCAAGGUGUUCGACUAUGAGAAGAGCGUUGAAAUGCGCUCUGCCAAGGGCGGCACCAGCAAGGCUUGCGUCCAGGAGCAAAUCCAGGUUCUCAAGUCCAUGAUUGCCUAG